AUGGCUAAAGAGUAUCUCCAAAAAGCGCUUGUCAUCAAAUCUGAAAUUGGCGACAGAGAAGGAGAGGCAACUGCCUACGGAAACCUAGGAACUGUGUUUCACUCGCUCGGGCAGUACGACAAGGCUAUAGAGUAUCUCCAAAAAGCGCUCAUCAUUAGAACUGAAAUUGGCGACAGAAAAGGAGAGGCAACUGACUACGGCAACCUAGGUACUGUACUCUCGGUGUUCUCAGUCUCAAAUCUGAAAUUGGCGACAGAGAAGGAGAGGCAACUGCCUACGGAAACCUAGGAACUGUGUUUCACUCGCUCGGGCAGUACGACAAGGCUAUAGAGUAUCUCCAAAAAGCGCUCAUCAUUAGAACAAAUUGGCGACAGAAAAGGAGAGGCGAACCAAGGCUAAACGACAAGGCUAAAGAGUAUCUCCAAAAAGCGCUUGUCAUCAAAUCUGAAAUUGGCGACAGAGAAGGAGAGGCAACUGCCUACGGAAACCUAGGAACUGUGUUUCACUCGCUCGGGCAGUACGACAAGGCUAUAGAGUAUCUCCAAAAAGCGCUCAUCAUUAGAACUGAAAUUGGCGACAGAAAAGGAGAGGCAACUGACUACGGCAACCUAGGUACUGUGUUUCAGUCUCUCGGGCAAUACGACAAGGCUAAAGAGUAUCUCCAAAAAGCGCUUGUCAUCAAAUCUGAAAUUGGCGACAGAGAAGGAGAGGCAACUGCCUACGGAAACCUAGGAACUGUAUUUCACUCGCUCGGGCAGUACGACAAGGCUAUAGAGUAUCUCCAAAAAGCGCUCAUCAUUAGAACUGAAAUUGGCGACAGAAAAGGAGAGGCAACUGACAACGGCAACCUAGGUACUGUGUUUCAGUCUCUCGGGAAAUAUGACAAGGCUAUAGAGUAUCUCCAAAAAGCGCUUGUCAUUAGAACCGAAAUUGGCGACAGAAAAGGAGAGGCAACUGACUACGGCAACCUAGGUACUGUGUUUCAGUCUCUCGGGCAAUACGACAAGGCUAAAGAGUAUCUCCAAAAAGCGCUUGUCAUCAAAUCUGAAAUUGGCGACAGAGAAGGAGAGGCAACUGCCUACGGAAACCUAGGAACUGUGUUUCACUCACUCGGGCAGUACGACAAGGCUAUAGAGUAUCUCCAAAAAGCGCUCAUCAUUAGAACUGAAAUUGGCGACAGAAAAGGAGAGGCAACUGACUACGGCAACCUAGGUACUGUGUUUCAGUCUCUCGGGAAAUAUGACAAGGCUAUAGAGUAUCUCCAAAAAGCGCUCAUCAUUAGAACUGAAAUUGGCGACAGAAAAGGAGAGACAACUGAUUACGGCAACCUAGGUGCUGUGUUUCAGUCUCUCGGGCAAUACGACAAGGCUAAAGAGUAUCUCCAAAAAGCGCUUGUCAUCAAAUCUGAAAUUGGCGACAGAGAAGGAGAGGCAACUGCCUACGGAAACCUAGGAACUGUGUUUCACUCGCUCGGGCAGUACGACAAGGCCAAAGAGUAUCUCCAAAAAGCGCUCAUCAUUAGAACUGAAAUUGGCGACAGAAAAGGAGAGGCAACUGACUACGGCAACCUAGGUACUGUGUUUCAGUCUCUCGGGCAUUACGACAAGGCUAAAGAGUAUCUCCAAAAAGCGCUUGUCAUCAAAUCUGAAAUUGGCGACAGAGAAGGGGAGGCAACUGCCUACGGAAACCUAGGAACUGUGUUUCACUCGCUCGGGCAGUACGACAAGGCCAAAGAGUAUCUCCAAAAAGCGCUCAUCAUUAGAACUGAAAUUGGCGACAGAAAAGGAGAGGCAACUGACUACGGCAACCUAGGUACUGUGUUUCAGUCUCUCGGGCAUUACGACAAGGCUAAAGAGUAUCUCCAAAAAGCGCUUGUCAUCAAAUCUGAAAUUGGCGACAGAGAAGGUGGGGCAACUGCCUACGGAAACCUAGGUACUGUGUUUCACUCGCUCGGGCAGUACGACAAGGCUAUAGAGUAUCUCCAAAAAGCGCUCAUCAUUAGAACUGAAAUUGGCGACAGAAAAGGAGAGGCAACUGACUACGGCAACCUAGGUACUGUGUUUCAGUCUCUCGGGCAAUAUGACAAGGCUAUAGAGUAUCUCCAAAAAGCGCUUGUCAUUAGAACCGAAAUUGGCGACAGAAAAGGAGAGGCAACUGACUACGGCAACCUAGGUACUGUGUUUCAGUCUCUCGGGCAAUACGACAAGGCUAAAGAGUAUCUCCAAAAAGCGCUUGUCAUCAAAUCUGAAAUUGGCGACAGAGAAGGGGAGGCAACUGCCUACGGAAACCUAGGAACUGUGUUUCAGUCCCUCGGACAACACGACAAGGCUAAAGAGUAUUUUCAAAAAGCGAUUGAAAAUUAUGAGGAGCUGGGACAUUUCUUGGGCGCCAAUGAUCAGUUUAAAACAUCAUUUCUGGAGGACUCCGGAAUAUUUACCAACAGGCGGCUUUGUAAUUUGCUUUGUGCCACCGGAAAUGCUUGGGAUGCUCUUUAUGUUGAAGAGUUAGGUCGAACUAGAGGCCUAUCAGACUUGAUGGCAGAGAAGUACUCGGUUGAAACGCACAUCUCUGCUAAUCCACAAUCUUGGUUUGGCAUUGAAAACAUUAGAGAGAAAAAUAACUGUACUUGUCUGUACAUUUCUUAUUUUCACAAUCAUUUGCAUUUGUGGGUCUUGAAAAAAAGUGGAGUCCUUCACUUUAGAAAAAUAUCACUAGAAGAGAACCUAGUUCAGGCUUUAAACACGGAUGAAUUGCUACCUCUCUUCCUUGAACGAAAUAGCUCAGCAAGAGUGCGACUUGUGGAAGAGGACGAGGAAGAGAAAGUAAUUUCAAGUCUAUCUUUGUGUUACAAAAUGUUUAUUGCUCCCAUUUAUGAUUUGCUUGAGGAACCUGAAGUCAUUAUAGUUCCUGACCGCAGUUUGUACAAAGUUCCCUUUGCUGCCCUGAGUGAAAAGGAGGGAGCCGAAUACCUCUCGGAUACUCAUAGGAUCCGUGUCAUUCCUUCUCUAAGGACACUCAAGAUUAUUCAAGAUAGUCCAGAGGACUAUCACAGCAACGCUGGUGCCUUGAUAAUAGGCAAUCCCAAGGUUGAUUGGCUGCCGCCAUUGCCAGGUGCAAGAAAGGAAGCGGAAAUGGUCGGACGACUGGUAGGCUUUCCGCCUCUGGUAGAAGAGGAAGCAACGAAGCAGGCAGUGCUUGAGCGGAUAAGUUCAGUGAGCCUAAUACAUUUUGCUGCCCACAAGAGCGCCGAAAAGGGAGAAAUUGCCCUCUCCCCCAAACCUACUCCCAACAGUCGAAACGCUAUCCCACCACAGGAAGCUUACAUGUUGACGACGGCUGAUAUCUCACGAGUGAAAGUCAGAGCUAAACUGGUGGUACUUAGCUGCUUUCACAGUGGACAGAUAAGAGCCGAGGGAGUAAUUGGAAUUGCCCGUGCAUUCUUGGGAUCCGGUGCUCGCUCGGUACUGGUUGCGAUGUGGGCCAUUCCAGACUCAGCAAAAGAACAGCUGAUAAAUCGGUUCUACGAACACCUUGUUGAAGGAGAAAGUGCCAGUGAAUCCCUUCAUCAGGCCAUGAAGUGGAUGAGAAAAAACGGCUUUACCAAAGUGUCUGACUGGGCUUCGUUUACGCUGAUUGGAGAUGACGUGAGGCUCGAGUUUGACAAGGGAAGAUAA